CGGACAGGGCUAGAAAGAGUUUCUCUAGGGAGAUAGGCUCUGUUGAGGGGAGAUAGACUGGUGGGGUUCCAGAAAGGGACAGGGUAGGACAGGAUCGGUGUUCAUAGGAGAUAGAUAAUAGAUAGAUAAUAGAUAAUAGAUAGAUAAUCCAGCUAUGACUACCUCAGUCACACUGUAUAUCUCUGUCCAUGCACAAUGUGCAGAGCUUCUGCCAGUGGGCGAAGUUUGUGUUGUCAUAGAACCUGACAUGAUAGCUUAUAUACAUUGUAGUCAAGCCUUGAUUUUGUUGUUAUAGAAACCAUUAUGCACGUAAAGCUUUAGCAGACAGAGAAGCCUUUAAACUGCUUGUCCAUUAUUAAACUUGACUUUGUAUUAUUCUAAAGUUAAUUCAGUGUCCAGUGUAUUAUACCUUCUCCCUAUGCAGCCCUCAACCAUACUACUAAGAGAUUGUCAGGACACAAACCUAAGCAAGAAGAUUGUGUUGGUGGCAGAGGAAGCUUGAUACAGGGAAGAAGAGGGAAGAACAUCAUUCUCAGUAAAACUGGUCCACUUAGUUACAAAGUUCUUAACCCCUCUAGAUUUGGAAAGAGACCUCCCCCACUCACUAGCAGUGUCCCAGAGGAGAGCGGGUCUUGUGGUAGCAAGCGUGAAUUGUCCCCUUUGCUUAGCAGGGACUUCCCUGGUUGCAUUUGAAUGGGAGAAUACAUGUGAGCACUGUAAGAAAUUCCCCUUAAGGGAUGGGGUCGCUCUGGGAGGAGCACCUGCCUGCUUGCAUGCAGAAGGUCCCAGGUUCACUCCCUGGCAUCUCCAGAUAGGGCUGAAAGAGGCUCCUUCCUGCAUCCUUGGAGAAGCCACUACGAGUCUGUGUAGACAGAACUGAGCUGGAUGGACCAAUGGUCUGACUCAGUAUAUGGCAGCUACCUGUGUUCCUAUCACAGGCAGGAUAUGGCUUAUCACAGAAGCUUUUGCAACUUAUUUUAGAGGAUGUGAUGUAGAAUUCAUAGACUGAAAAGAAGCAGCGAAAGUAGAAAGCACUAACUUGCCAAAUCCCUGAAGCACUAAAACGUUGACUUGCUAUUACGGUCAUCAUCCCGUGGAAGGUUCUGACAAUGGCUUCUGUGUAUCAGGCUCUUCGCCAGGAUAUAGAAAUAAUGACAUAGUUGGAUUUCAAAGAGAAGAUUUUGAGAAAUGUAACACAAAACUAAGAUAUGCUGGUGAUAUAUGGAAGUUUUCCUGCUGCACAACAGAUAAAUGCUAAAAGCCCAGAUACUGCAGUUGGUCCAGAAAUGCAGCAGCCAAGUUGGUCUGUAGGUCAUCUCGGAGAGACCAUAUCACUCCAGUACUGAGAGAGCUACACUGGCUGCUGCUGAUCGGCGGGUGGGCGGAGCUUCCACGGAGGCCUCCGUGUAGGCCUCUGUGAAGCCUGAACUCGAGUAGGGCCGGAAGCAAGCCAAGGAUAGGAAGGAGGAGGCAGCCAGAGUGGCCACCACUGUUCUCUGCAGCAGAAGACCCCUUGCUGCCCUGCCCAACCCAGCCUACUCAUGCCAGAUCUCAUUGAUCUUUCAAGCUUCAUUGACAACACUGAGCAAGAUGAAGAUUCUUCUAAUUGUUUUGGUACUGCUUUGCUGCACUUUGGUUAAAGGUUCCAGGUGCUAUAUAGUCUCGCUGAUUUUGAGACAAGUUUCUGAAAAUGACAUCUAUGAAAAUAUCCUGCUGCCAUCAAAGAGCGAAAACAUCAAAUACUUAAACAGAUCUGAAGAAGAAGAUUUUGAGAACUAUAACAUGAAAGUGGAAGCUGAUGGUAAAGAUAUAACUUUUUAUCGGCUGCACAGAAGACGUGACAGUGAGACUUGUACAUUAGCCUUGUUUCCAAGGAAGAGUAACAGUCCUAAGAAAUCUUACUACAGAACCCUAGCCCCAGGUAUAAGAGAUUUUUUUGAGGUAUGUAACACAAAAGCAAUAACUACUUCGUAUUAUGAGUACAGCUGCUGCAAUACAGAUGCAUGUAAUCAUGGUGCAAGAUAUUUGGAGCCUGCUAAUGUUAAAACGCUGACUUGCUAUUAUGGUCAUAAUCCAAUCAAAGGUUCUGACAAUGGCUUCUGUGUAUCAGGCUCUUCGCCAGGAUAUAGGAAUAAUGACAUAGUCGGAUUUCGAAGAGAAGAUUUUGAGAAAUGUAACACGAAACUAAGAUAUGCUGGCGACAUAUGGAAGUUUUCCUGCUGCACAACAGAUAAAUGUAAUCCUCUUAUAAAAGCUAAAAUAGAAUAUAAUAUCUAAAACCUAAAAUCUGCUCAUGGCAAGUGAGCCCGGCCUGUCAGUAACCUCAAGGCCUAACGUCCUGGAUGAAGCCUUUGGUAGAUUUAGCCCAGCUGCUUAUGUCUUGAGUGGAUGUCAGGCUGCUGAAAUAAAUGAAGAUGGAAUGAUAAACAA